AUGCCCCAAUUAGUGCCUGUUUACAAUCAGGAAAAGUCGCUGAAGGAGCAAGAUGAUGCGGAACUAAUAAAACAUCGAAAUUGGGACUUUGCCCACUCAUUAGUGAAAUUGAAAAAGAAGGGCUCCGAGGAUGACGAUGAUGCACAUGAUAGCAGUGCACACUUGAGAAAAAGCAACAACCUCAUGAAAAACGAAAAAGGACUAUGGGUCCCAAAGAAGGGUAUGACAGGUGAAGAUAAAACCAAGAAUGAUAAAAAAGGAGAAUCUGAAAAAAAAAAAAAAAAGCAUGUUCGUAGGAGGCGCAAUAAAUCGAGCAGUGAAUCAUCCUCCGAUCCUUCGAGGGUAUCCAAAUCGCCACCCCCCGCGCGUGAAUCUUCUCAAAAGAAAAGACAAAGGAAACGAUCCGCCAGUUCAACGCCCAUCAGAAGGGGCGCAAGCAGGGAUUCUUCAAGUGCCCAUUCACGGGAGAGCUCCGAUACAAGGCAAAGUGCAGAUUCAAAGCCCAGCACAUCCACGAAUAGGACAAGUUCCAGUGAAAGUGGCACCAAGAGGUCCAGCAGAAAGAAAAAAGGAGAGAGGAAAGAUAAAAAAAUUAUUAAAAAAAGUAAAAGGGGGAAGAGAGGUGAUGACAACGACGACGAAGAUAGCUAUGAUGAUGACCAAGGCAGGGAAUAUAAAAAAGAGGCAAAUAAGUUAAAAGAUGCAAAGAAGCGUCGAACAGAAGGAAAAAAGAAAAAAAAAUCGAAAGGGGAUGGCAACGCUAGUGAAGAGGACCAUACACAUGAUUCCCAUAAGGGUGAGGAAAAUAUAAAUUCACCAGAGGAAAAAAAGAGCCAUGAACACAGUGACAUGGAUGCAAACGAAAAAGAAUCAAUUUCCUCCGAUAGCGACCUGAGCAAACUUCAAUACAUUGACAUUUCUGAGAAGGUAGAAAGAAGUAGCAAUAAAUAUGAUACAAGAGGAGAGGAGGACAUCCAAAGUGAUGAGGGAAGUAGGGAACGUAAAGGAGAUAAACGAAUGGACAGAUUGCAGCGCAGACAUGAGCGUACACAUAGGCAUAGGGCCGGAGCUCGACACGAACACACACGUCAUCGUGAACAUAGUUACGAUGACAGGAAGGGGCGAGAUUUGGAAGGAGGGAAAGGUAGGAGAUACGAAUCUCACAGAUAUCAUCACAGAAAAGAUGACGCCGAUGGGAGAGAAGGGUCCCGACACGAUCGAAGGAAUUACAGACAUGUGGAUAGGCAUAGAGACAGGUAUUGGGAUCGAGAUGGAGAAAGGAAAAGGAAAGAUUUUGAUUUUUCCGACCAGGAGGAUGAUGCUAAUUAUAACCAUAAAAGAAAAUAUCACAGAAGACAUUAUGGUAACCCCAAUGAUGAAAAUGACCAGGGAUAUCAUCACGGACAGAGGAGCCAUUUUAAUGAAUGGGAUCGACAUGGAUGGACAGAUAACAGAAGAGGACAUUACAGAAGAACACAACUAAGAGACAACUGCCAUUAUGAAACGGUUGAGGAAAUGAAAAAUAAAAAUAUCCCCGAUUUUGAACAAAGUGAAGAUAAAGGGGAAGAUAGAAAUGAUCAACCAGAUGACGUAAAAAAUGAAAAGACGACAAAAUUGGAGAGCGCCGAAAUGUCAGAUAGUGAUGAAGAUGAAAUACUGGAGAACAAGACAGUGGAAGAAAUUGAUAGGAAGCUUAAGGAAAAACUUGAGGAGGAGAAAAUUAUGGAAUCCUUGGGGUUGCCACUAGGUUUUGUUUAA